UUCCCUUUGUUAUCAACAUUUCAAGGCCCAGAUCGAUCUUUCUGAAGAAACCAUAUAUCAGAGAGUGCAGACUAAAACAAACACUUUUGUUUAGAUCUUUAGGAAAAGAAUUAGGAGCAAAGAUGAAGAAAGAAGAGCAGAAAAUUGUCGUGGCAGUGGACGAGAGCGAGGAGAGCAUGUACGCGUUAUCAUGGUGUCUUGAAAACCUCGUUCCUCAUAAUAACAAGAGCACCCUCGUACUUCUCUAUGUCAAACCACCGCCUACCGUCUACGCCCUAGAUGCUGCAGGAUAUAUGUUUGCCAGCGACGCGGUUUCAGCCUUGGAAAAGUGCGGCAGUGAUUUGGUGAAUUCAGUGAUGGCAAGAGCGCAAGCUGUCAUCAGGAACUUCGACACCGACAACACGAACUUGGAGAGAAUAACUGGAAGUGGGGAUGCCAAGGAUGUGAUAUGCAGUACUGUGAAGAAACUUGGAGCUGACACCUUAGUAAUGGGAAGCCAUGGAUAUGGUUUCUUUAAGAGGGCUCUGCUUGGGAGUGUGAGCGACUACUGCGCCAAGCAUGCCGAGUGUCCCGUCGUGAUCGUGAAGCAUCCAGAUGAUAAAUGAAUUUCUUCUUCGAUCUCAUUUCCUUGAAAUUGUGACACAGCAUUUACCACUGAGACUUGGGUUGAUGAUUUUAUAGAAACGGUGGAGUAGGAGUAAGGAUUACGUCGUACUGUACACAUAUGUCAAAAUCUGGUACGAAAAGAAAACCGUGAAAGAAAAGAAGAAGAACUAAUGUAAAGAUCGUAGCUUUCUACAA